UGGUGUUACCGUCGUCACGGUUGAAUUGAGUUUGAGUCUCUUCUACAAUUUUCUCAAACAAGCAUCGUCUUUUUACAGUAGCGUCAGGUGAAGCUCAUUCACCACCCUCGAAAGGCUUUCCCUACCUCUAAACAAUACGAUACUGCGCUUGUUUUCUUCCCUUUCCCUUUUACAAUCUCAAAGCGAUCUGGGUUACUUCCUAUUCUUCAAUCCAUAUCAAAGUUCAAACGAACUCAGAGCACGGAUAUUUACGCAAUUUGCAUUCAACUUCGCAUUUCAAACAAUAAUCUCAAUUCUCAUCUGGGUUAGUCUUUUUUCAACUUAGAUCCAAAUCCUUAACGAUCGUGUUUUGAUUUUGGGUCUCAGGGAUAUGAGCAGUGGUGGAGAAUUCCAACUUGUUUCGAACUCCGUCUGGAGUUUCUUCUUUGGGUAUUGAAGCAUUAGAUUUUCGGGAGAUGCUUACGGGUUUGACUUUUGAAAAGAUCGUGGCUUCAAUCCCCAUAAGGGUUUGAAAAUUAGGUUUUUUGAUUGGUUUGGUGGGAUAUUGUUGAUUUUAGGGAAUUUGAAUUAGGUUAUUGCAGACAUGUUCUAUGGUGCCGUGGUAUGGGACCCUUGGCUGAUUGUUGCACAAAUUUUUUGCAUUCAAUGCGUAUAUUAUCUCACUCUUGGGCUAUUCUUGUCCAUUCUUGUUGGAAAUCGGGUUUCCCGGAUGAGUUUGGUCUAUUUCUUUGACUAUGCUACUCUAACUGCUUCCACCGUAACUGGGUGGUGUGUCAUUGCUUCUUUUCUGCUUAGUGCACUUGCCAGUGCUGGAUAUCUUGUUUUUGUGGUUGAGAGGGCAAAGAAAUGCUUGGACUUUUCGGUUACUCUCUUCAUUAUCCAUCUAUUUAUCUGCAUGCUAUAUGGGGGAUGGCCUUCCUCAGUAACAUGGUGGAUAGUGAAUGGUACUGGAAUUGCAUUUAUGGCUCUACUAGGAGAAUAUCUCUGCAUUAGACGUGAAUUGCGGGAAAUUCCAAUAACACGAUUACGUACAAGUGUUUGACUUGGGCAGGCUUGAACCAAUUUCUUGUGGGUUUUUUUUGUUGCCUUUUCUUCAUUAUUUCCGAAGAGCUUCUUGAAAAGGCUCAUUAUAGUAGAUUUAAUCUGUGAAGUGAAAGAGACAGGGUCCCUAUUCCAUUUGUCUCGCUGGUGAAAUAACAAAGGACCACAAUUAUAAAAGCUGCUUUAAGGCUUUCACAUUAGUUAGGUAUGCAUUUUGUUAGGAUACUCGUAAUGUACAAUUAUAGGUGAAUUUUUUUUUUUCAAUGAAGCAAUGCUUUGUUAUACUUAUUUUCCUCCAUGUCUUUCCAUUUUGACUAUUAAUUUCUUCUCUUUAAUUGUCAUUUAUUGGGGCCAUGUGUAAUUAAUUCAUAUAAAUACUUUCGUUGCUUUUGUCA